AAAGUAACUCAAAAUUUGUGUAUUACAAACUGAGAUAGAGAGGGUGCCUUUUUUGUUUCUUUAAUCUCAAUAACAAAACAGGUUAGAAUAUAAAAAAAAAGGCAGAACAACUUUUUGUUGUACAAAUUUCUUUUUUUAUUCUGCCAUAUUUCUAACUCUGAAUAGUUAUUGAGAUUGAAGAUUUUCAGGCUUCUGUGAAUAUAAUUAUUUAUUUAUUUAUUUUAUAUAUAAAAAAAGAUUUUUAAAAAAAUAUACAAUAAUGGCAUUCACAGGAACAUUGGAUAAAUGCUCAGCUUGUGAUAAAACUGUUUAUUUUGUUGAUUUGUUGUCUGCUGAUGGUGUUACUUAUCAUAAAUCAUGCUUCAAAUGUAGCCACUGCAAAGGCACUCUUGUGAUGAGCAAUUACUCUUCUAUGGAUGGAAUCUUGUACUGCAAGACUCAUUUCGAACAACUAUUUAAGGAAUCGGGAAAUUUUAGCAAGAAUUUUCAGAAUCCAGCUAAGUCUGAGAGGCAAAAUUCAUUGACAAGAGCUCCAAGCAAACUUUCAGCUAUGUUCUCUGGAACCCAAGAUAAAUGUGCUGCUUGUGACAAAACUGUUUACCCACUUGAAAAGGUGACAAUGGAAGGAGAAUCAUUCCACAAAUCAUGUUUCAAGUGUGCACAUGGAGGUUGUGCACUUACCCAUGCAACAUAUGCAUCCCUUGAUGGAAACUUGUAUUGCAAGCAUCAUUUUGCUCAACUCUUCAUGGAAAAAGGAAAUUACCAACAUGUCCUCAAAGCUGCAAAUAACAAAAAGAAUAGUGCUGCUGUAACACCAUUAAAUGAUGAUGAAAAUAAUGCUGUUGAAAAUAAAUCAACAGAAGAGAAUAAUAAUGAUGAUAAUAAUAAAGUGCCUGAAAAUGCAGAGGAAUCACAAGAAUCAUAAUAUAAAAAAAAAAA